GAAAACAAAGACUAGAAAAGAAAGGAGAGCUGGAUUCACAUGGGCUUGUUCUCUCUCUCUCUCUCUCUCUGUCUGGGUCCUCCUUUUCCCCGCUCUCUCCUUCUCUCUCCACCAUGAUCAACAACCAAAGUGAUUGAACCAUCUUCAAUAAGUUCUUCCUCUAGCUGUUUCUUAUUUCUCUCUCUUUCUCUUUCUACCCAUGGCGGAUGAUAAGGAAAUGUCUGCUGCUGUUGUUGAUGGAAAUGAUCCAGUUACUGGCCACAUCAUUUCCACUACAAUCGGGGGCAAAAAUGGAGAGCCAAAGCAGACCAUUAGUUAUAUGGCCGAGCGUGUUGUGGGAACAGGAUCCUUUGGGAUUGUCUUCCAGGCAAAAUGCUUGGAAACUGGGGAAACUGUCGCUAUAAAGAAGGUUUUGCAAGACCGAAGAUAUAAAAAUCGUGAGCUGCAGCUAAUGCGCGUGAUGGAUCAUCCAAAUGUCAUCUCCUUGAAGCAUUGCUUCUUUUCCACCACAAGUAAAAACGAACUUUUCCUCAACUUGGUCAUGGAAUAUGUACCUGAGAGCAUGUAUCGGGUGUUGAAGCACUACAGCAGUGCAAAUCAGAGAAUGCCACUAAUCUAUGUGAAGCUUUAUAUGUACCAGAUUUUCCGGGGGCUUGCAUAUAUUCACACAGUACCUGGAGUUUGCCAUAGGGAUUUGAAGCCUCAAAAUCUUCUGACUCUUGAUAUAGUAGUACUAAUACUAGCACCAAAUUUCAAUGGGCUAUUUUCGGGUCUUAAAAAUGAUUGCCUCUCACUUAUGAGUCUCUCAUGUAUUGAUGAGUAUUUUUCCGCUGGCCAGGUCAAAGGUGAAGCUAACAUUUCAUAUAUAUGUUCACGUUUCUAUCGGGCUCCUGAGCUUAUAUUUGGUGCCACUGAGUAUACAACCUCAAUUGAUAUCUGGUCUGCUGGUUGUGUUCUUGCUGAGCUUCUGCUAGGGCAGCCACUGUUUCCAGGAGAGAAUGCGGUGGACCAACUUGUUGAGAUUAUUAAGGUUCUGGGUACACCAACUCGAGAAGAAAUUCGCUGCAUGAAUCCAAAUUAUACUGAUUUUAGAUUUCCUCAGAUAAAAGCCCACCCUUGGCACAAGGUUUUUCACAAACGAAUGCCUCCAGAAGCAAUUGAUCUUGCUUCACGGCUGCUGCAAUAUUCACCAAGUCUUCGUUGCACAGCACUUGAAGCAUGUGCGCAUCCAUUCUUUGAUGAACUUCGGGAACCUAAUGCUCGCCUGCCUAAUGGUCGCCCUUUACCACCUCUCUUCAAUUUUAAACAGGAAUUAUCAGGCGCGUCACCAGAGCUUGUUAAUAAGUUAAUACCAGAUCAUGUAAAACGACAAUUGGGUCUACAUUUCCUUCAUCCAGUUGGAGCUGGGACAUAAAAUCAGCAAAAAUUAUGUCGAAUACACACCUUAAGUUGAUUGGUGACACAAAGGGGGUAAAUAUCUUUGUGUUGAAUCAAAAGUGCAUUGAGGCCUGCCCUGCAUCUUACUCUACCACAAUCGGAGGCAGCUGGAUGGUUGCAUUUCUUGAUGGUUUCUUUUAUAUUUACCUCAUGUAUCAACUCGCUCCCUUACAUUUUCUCAAAAAUGCAUUUUUGUUUUGUGUACAUGUUUGAUAGUAAAAAGAUAGCCUAGCUGAGGAGGAAAUUGAGGAGUAAGUGUACUUGUAGCUAGGAAGAAGAAGAAGGCCACUAAUAGAAUGGCCAGAAGAUAGGGGGUUGGGUUUUGUUGGUUAUCGGGGUUGGUGUAUUUGCAUCUCUUAUUUUUAAUUUUUGUGGCUGGUUUCCUGAUGGUGGCUGACUCAAGAAUUUCAGACAAUUUCUGUUACUUACUGUAUGUGCAAAGUAAUGUUAUUUCCUUCCUUUAAGCA